AUGGCCUCUGCCAGUUCGGCUGCCGCGUCGAGCCUUCGCACCGCCCAGGUCAACUCGCUCCUCUCGCUGCUCAACCUCAACACCGCCUCGUUCAACCACGCCUCCUCCUCCUCGUCGGUACCCGGCUCGACUUACAACUCGAGACCCGGCUCUGCAGCUGGCCAAAAUGAUGCGGGCGGUGCGGGCGCAGACCCGUCCAUCCCCUCGGGUCCGCCUGUGUGGAAGGUGCUGAUCAUGGACAAGGUGUCCAAAAACAUCCUCGCCACGUCGCUGCGCGUGCAGGACCUGCGCGAGAACGGCGUCACGCUGCACAUGCAGCUGCACUCGGAUCGUCCGCCGUUGCCCGACGUGCCUGCCGUCUACUUUGUCUCGCCCACCUCGGAAAACGUGCAGCGCAUCGCUCAGGACAUGAAGCGCAUGCUCUACGAAAACUUCUACGUCAACUUCACCAGCACCGUCCCCAAGCCCGUCAUGGAAGAGUUUGCCAACCUGGUGGCCACCGACGGGACUGGUCAGCUCGUUCAGCAGGUGUACGACCAGUAUCUCAACUUCAUCGUGCUCGAGCCGAAUCUGUUCGAACUGCUCCCGGACGCAUCGCCGGCGCCCAGCGCUGCCGCUGCCAAUGGUACCAGCGCAUCCACCUCCACCGUCAGCACGUACGAACGUCUCAACGACCCGAAGUCGGGUCAGAAGGACGUCGAAGAUGCCACCGACCGCAUCGCCGCCGGCCUCUUCUCCACACUCGCCACGAUGGGCGCGCUGCCCAUCAUCCGAUCGCCACGCGGCAAUGCAGCCGAGCUGGUGGCGCGCAAGCUCGAGUCCAAGAUCCGCGAACACAUGACGAGCUCGCGCGGCGGUUCCAAUCUCUUCUCCGAAGGCGCAAGUGGCGGGCAGGCGAGCUGGAGCUCGUCGCGGCCUCUGCUGGUGGUGCUGGAUCGCAACGUGGACCUUGUGCCCAUGCUGGCGCACAGCUGGACGUACCAGGCGCUCGUGCAGGACGUGCUGGACCUGCAGCUCAACCGCGUCACCGUGGUGUCGAGCGAAGGCGGCGUGGCGAGCCAAAAGACGUACGACCUGGACUCGAAGGACUUUUUCUGGUCCAAGAAUUCGGCCACGCCCUUCCCGCACGUGGCCGAGGACAUUGAUGCCGAGCUGAACCGGUACAAGGCGGAUGCGGCCGAGAUCACGCGCUCCACGGGCAUCAGCAGCAUGGAUCAGGUGGGUCAGCUCGACGCCACCUCCAACGCGGCGCAUCUCAAGGCGGCCAUCACGGCGCUGCCCGAGCUCACGCAACGCAAGGCCACCAUCGAUGCGCACAUGAACAUCGCCACGGCGCUGCUGCAGGGCAUCAAGCGGCGCGGGCUCGAUACGCUCUUCCAGCUCGAGGAGGCGAUUGCGCGCCAGAAGAAGGAGACCAUCCUCGAGACGGUGCGUGAUGCGCAGCUCGAGGACGUCAACGACAAGCUGCGGCUGUUCAUCAUCUUUUACCUCUCGGCGCCGGACAGUGCGCUGGGGCGCGCGGAUGUGGACGAGUUCGAACGCGUGCUGCGCGAGCAGGGCGCGGAUCUGAGUGCGCUCAGCUACGUCAAGAAGGUGCGCGAGCUCACGCGCAUGACCAUGCUCGCCUCGGCACCGCAGCCUGCCUCGGUCAGCGAUGCGGGCAGCGGUGGCUUCCGCGGAUUCAGCUCGCUCUCGUCGCGCCUUACGGAUCGACUCAAGGACUCGGGGCUGGAGAACCUCGUGCAGGGCGUCAAGAACUUCCUGCCGGCGCAGAAGGAUCUCACCGUGACGCGGCUGGUGGCAUCGCUGAUGGAGCCCAGCAGUGCGGCUGCGCAGGCGCUGAGCGAAACGGACGAGUACCUGUUCUUCGACCCCAAGGCACCCCGCGGUCGAGCCGCCGCAUCGGGCGGCAUCAAGGCACGCCAGGUGUUCAAUGAGGCCAUCGUCUUCGUCGUCGGCGGGGGUGGAUAUGUCGAGUUUGCUAAUCUGCAGGAGUACGCCGCACGCACGGCAGGGGCAGCUGCCACCACCGGCCCUGCCGCAGCCAAUGCAGCGGGCGCGGUGGGAGGCGGAAAAAAGAUCACCUAUGGCGCCACCGAGAUCCUCAAGCCCAUUGACUUUGUGCGUGCACUUGCGCACCUGGCUGGCGGCGACGUUGCCGCCUCCAUCUCGUCCACCCAGUCCACCGCUGCCGCAGCCAAAUAA